AUGAGGAAGCUCAAAUACUUGACCUUUUUUAGAUGUCCAGAAUUGUUGAAUAUUUUCACUUUACCCAAUCCACAGCAAGAAUUCGAGCAACUCCAAGUUCUUGAAGAGAAAGGAAUGAAGAACAUAUCGAAGGGCCCCACUGAGUUGUUGCAUCUGCCCAAGCUACAAAUCGUAUGCAUUAAUGGGUGCCAGAAAUUAAAAGUUAUAUUUCCUACUUCUAUUGCUCGAGGACUAGAGCAGCUGAAAGAACUUGAAUUAGAAUGUUGUGAUCAACUAGAAGCAAUUGUUGCAGAAAGGGAAGAAGAGGAAAAGAGGAUUGACAAAGUGGUGUUCUCUCAAUUAAUAAGCAUUAGGUUAUACAAGCUUUACAAUCUUAAAGCUUUUUGCAUGGAUAACAUACCUUUGAAAUGGCCAUCCUUGGAAGAGUUAUCUGUGGACUCUUGCCCUAAAAUGAAGACAUUUGCUGCUUCUCUCAAUUGA